UCCUCUCUCCCCCACCCCGCGCGGGGGCGCGCUAGCGGUGGUGACGUCAAGGGGCGCGCGGUGGCAGCACCUCCCCGCGCGCUAGUUAAAAAGAAGAAGAAAAGAGGGAGCGAAACAUGAGAGGCUGUGUGAGAAGCAGCAGCCGCCGACAGAGGAGACCUCAGCAUCCUCGGGAGCCCAGCGCUGGCCCUGCCUCCGCCCGGCCCGCCGCCGCCGCCGCCCUUUCGGUUCCUGCUACUGUCUCACCUAAACAACUCCCAUUGAGCGGACAAGCGAAGUUCCAUGACUGUCUUCUUCUCUCCUUCCUCCUCCUCUUCCAACUCCUUCUCCUCCCACUUCCCAGCCGCUGCGGAAAGCCCCUAACCCAACUGACGCUGGCAAGGCUGCGGACAGUGUCGUCGGCACUUAUCUCGCGGCUCCGGCUGCCCUAGGGCAAAGUUGCAGCGCUCUGCAUCUUUCUCCCCCGCCACCUCCCUCGGCCUCUGGAGCGUCCCACCGCCCCGCAGCACUCCCCUGGAGCUGCGCCCUAGUGCCCUUGCUGGGCAGUGGCCUUCCCCUCUCGCAUCCCCAUCCUCCCGCGUCCUGCCACUGCUGCUCCGGGUAGACGAUGCUGAAGAUGCUCUCGUUUAAGCUGCUACUGCUGGCCGUGGCUCUGGGCUUUUUUGAAGGAGAUGCCAAGUUUGGGGAAAGGAGCGAAGGGAGUGGAGCGAGGAGGAGAAGGUGCCUGAAUGGGAACCCCCCGAAGCGCCUGAAAAGGAGAGACAGGCGGAUGAUGACCCAGCUGGAGCUGCUGAGUGGAGGAGAGAUCCUGUGUGGUGGCUUCUACCCCAGAGUAUCCUGCUGCCUGCAGAGUGACAGUACUGCAUUGGGGCGUCUGGAGAACAAGAUCUUUUCUGCCACCAACAACACAGAAUGUGGCAAAUUACUGGAGGAGAUCAAAUGCGCUCCUUGCUCCCCACACUCUCAAAGCCUGUUCUCCUCACCCGAGAGAGACGUCCUGGAUGGAGAUCUAGUACUUCCGCUCCUCUGCAAAGACUAUUGCAAAGAAUUCUUUUAUACUUGUCGGGGCCAUAUUCCAGGGCUUCUUCAAACAACUGCUGAUGAGUUUUGCUUUUAUUAUUCGAGAAAAGAUGGCGGCUUGUGCUUUCCAGAUUUUCCAAGAAAGCAAGUCAGAGGGCCAGCAUCUAACUACCUAGACCAGAUGGAGGAAUACGAGAAGGUGGAGGAGCUCAGCAGAAAACACAAACACAACUGCUUCUGCGUGCAGGAGGUCGUGAGUGGGCUGCGUCAGCCUGUGGGCGCCGUACACAGUGGGGAUGGCUCCCAUCGCCUCUUCAUUCUAGAGAAGGAAGGCUACGUGAAGAUCCUGACCCCAGAAGGAGAGCUUUUCAAGGAGCCUUACUUGGACAUUCACAAACUUGUUCAAAGUGGAAUAAAGGGAGGAGAUGAAAGGGGCCUGCUAAGCCUUGCAUUCCAUCCCAAUUACAAGAAAAAUGGGAAGCUGUAUGUGUCUUAUACCACCAACCAAGAACGGUGGGCUAUCGGGCCUCAUGACCACAUCCUUAGGGUUGUGGAAUAUACAGUGUCCAGGAAGAAUCCCCAUCAAGUUGAUGUGAGGACAGCCAGGGUGUUUCUGGAAGUGGCUGAGCUCCACCGAAAGCAUCUCGGAGGACAGCUGCUCUUUGGUCCUGAUGGUUUUCUGUACGUCAUCCUUGGGGACGGUAUGAUCACGCUGGAUGACAUGGAAGAGAUGGAUGGGUUAAGUGAUUUCACAGGCUCCGUGCUGAGGCUGGAUGUGGACACCGACGUGUGCAGUGUGCCUUACUCCAUACCACGGAGCAACCCCCACUUCAACAGCACCAACCAGCCCCCAGAAGUGUUUGCCCAUGGGCUCCAUGAUCCAGGCAGAUGCGCCGUGGAUCGACAUCCCACUGACAUAAACAUCAACUUAACAAUACUUUGCUCAGAUUCCAAUGGGAAAAACAGAUCAUCAGCCAGAAUCCUACAGAUAAUAAAAGGGAAAGAUUACGAAAGUGAGCCGUCACUUUUAGAAUUCAAGCCAUUCAGUAACGGUCCUUUGGUUGGUGGAUUCAUCUACAGAGGCUGCCAGUCUGAAAGACUGUACGGAAGCUACGUGUUUGGUGAUCGCAAUGGGAAUUUCUUAACUCUCCAGCAAAGUCCUGUGACCAAGCAAUGGACAGAAAAGCCACUCUGUCUGGGCACCAGCGGGUCCUGUCGAGGCUACUUUUCAGGCCACGUCUUGGGAUUUGGCGAAGAUGAAUUAGGAGAAGUAUACAUUCUAUCAAGCAGUAAGAGUAUGACCCAGACUCACAAUGGAAAACUCUACAAGAUCAUAGACCCGAAAAGACCUUUAAUGCCUGAGGAAUGCAGAGUCACGGUUCAACCUGCACAGACCCUGACCUCGGAUUGCUCCCGGCUCUGUCGGAAUGGCUACUACACCCCCACGGGCAAGUGCUGCUGCAGUCCAGGCUGGGAAGGAGACUUCUGCAGAAUUGCCAAGUGUGAGCCAGCAUGUCGUCACGGAGGGGUGUGUGUGAGACCAAACAAGUGUCUCUGUAAGAAAGGCUAUCUUGGUCCUCAGUGUGAACAAGUGGACAGAAGCAUCCGCAGAGUUGCCAGGGCAGGUAUUCUGGAUCAGAUCAUUGACAUGACAUCUUAUUUGCUGGAUCUUACAAGCUACAUUGUAUAGUUUCUGGGACAGUUUGAGUAUUCCUUCCUGGUGGGCAUUUAUUUGAUCUUGUCAUUAAAAUGAGAGACUCUCCUCCUGCUACACAC